CACCUAGUAGUCCUUUAUUCAUGCCGCGACGCCACGGAACUAUGACUAUCUACAGCACUGUAACUUCUCUUCCCAGCUACUAGUACCACAGCUACUUCUAGAUGGAUCGAAUCACUUAAGCUACUUGUUGUGUGUAUCCGCCUGGUUGCCCUGACUUUAUUAACCUUUUCUACUUGUUAGGGAGCCUGACCAGCAUGGCUCAGCACAUCAAACAAAGGCGGUUAGAUGCUCAACCCGAAUGCGCGGAUGCCAUGUGUCUACCAGCAUCAAAACGGGAGAAGGAUUCUUGGAGCGGCUUCUGUGAGCUUGAAUCAGAGCCUGCCCUUUUCAACGUCAUGCUCCGAGAAUUUGGAGUAAAGGGGGUCAAAGUUCAAGAAGUUAUAUCUCUGGAUGAGGAAAUGAUGAGGUUUUUGAACAAACCUGUCUAUGGAUUGAUCUUUCUCUUCCGUUGGCGGGAGGACGAUCCAGAGAAGCAAGAAGCGAGCUGUCCAGAGGGAUUGUGGUUUGCCAAUCAGACCUCCAGCAAUUCCUGUGCCAGUGUAGCCCUCUUGAAUAUCGUCAACAAUAUCCAGGGGAUUGACCUCGGAGAUAAUCUGCAACACUUCAAAGACUUCACCAUGCCAUUUACGCCUGCGCUGAGAGGAGACGCAAUAAGUAAUUUUGAAUUUGUGAAAAGAAUACACAAUUCAUUUGCGAGGAAAAUGGACAUGCUUGGCUCGGAUUACCAGCUCAAGACUGAGGCCGCGUUGAAGCGAAGUCGUUCAGCCAAGAAUAAGAACGAGGAAGACAAUACAGAUGCGGGUUUUCACUUCAUCGCUUUUGUUCCUGCCCUGGAUAAACUCUGGAAGUUUGAUGGUUUGGAACGCCAGCCCCAGUCCCUCGGGCCUUGUGCAUCCGGUGAGGAUUGGCUGGAUCUGGUAAAGCCCAACAUCCGUGCCAGAAUGCAGGCAUAUGAAGAAGACCAAAUUGAAUUUUCUAUCCUAAGCCUCGCUAGGGAUCCCCUCCCCGAGCUCGUUGGCCAAUUGGCGACGAAUGUAAAGUGUUUAGAGAUCGUGCAUGAACGCAUCGGCUCAUGCACACAGGAACCGAUCAAUAUGGGCUCAGCUUUUGCAGCUCCAAUGUCCCGGGAUCUUAUCAUUGGGCCCAAUGAUUCCUACGCACUCACGAGGGAGAUGGUUGACCAGGUGGCUAUCCCGGACGCACAAGGGAACGAAUACCUAACUUGCUCAAUGGAAACGCUUGUACAGCACCGGCACAUGUUGAGUCGUGUUCAGCAGGAUCUCCGGGCAUCGAUCCGGGAGGAGCAACAGUCCCAACGGGCAGAUGAUGACUAUGCGGAAGGCCGGAGGUAUGAUUACGGUCCAGCCGUCCGAACCUGGCUACGAUUUUUGGCACGGAAGAGGGCCAUCGAAGGCCUGUUGUGAUGAUGGCAAAGUCAUGUGAAGGACAAGUGAAUGAUUGUAUCAACGUUAGAUGAUAGAGUAUGAUGAUCUUCCCGGUUGUCGGGUGAUACAUGCCGGUGCGUGACAUG